AUGAGUGAUAUUAAUUUGCUUCCACUCACAGUAGUCCAAAAUCUUGAAGACGCUGGAAUACCACACGAUAGUUUGAUAUUUUAUCAAGAUCAUCGUUGGGUAUAUCAAGUAGGACAAGAAAUAUCUGAUAACAAUAAAUUUCAUUAUCAACCUAUGGAUUCAUUAGGACCUUUUGGUGAGCAUUUAAUGACUUUCUCUAAAAAUAUAUUCAUUGAAUUAUAUAUAGGGAUUCAUGAAGUUGAUAUUUUAUUUGACUUAAUUUCAUCUACAUUUCAAUAUAGGAUUACUAAAAUUCGAGGACGACAAUUAACUGAUGAAGAACAAAUAAUAGGUAGCUAUGCUCCAAUCGCUUCAAUUACUCUUGAAGGAUGUGCACGUUCAACAGCAAAUAUUCCAGAUGAUGCCACACACUUUUGUUGGCUCUAUCCACCGAAAUGUAUACUUAGUGAAGAUGAUGACGUUACUUCACGCGAUUCAGACGAGUCAAAUUUACUCAAAAUAGGUGGAUUUGCAUAUUUUAAUACCGAUGACAAUAAUAUUGACAAACUUCGACUUAUUCGUCUUAAUUCAUUGAGUCUGCCUGCUAAAAACGGACUAACUUUUAAAGAUCCAUAUUCUUGGCGAAAACAAUACACGCAUCGACUAUGGGCAGAAAAUCGAUUUCAACCUGUAACAUUACCGUAUCUUCUUGAAAAAGGUGCACGAUAUUUUGCUUUUAUUAAUCCUUCUGAAAAAUUAUCUACUGAAAAUAAUGAAUUAUCAUGGAUACCGUCAGAGAAUGGAGCUUUUGCAUAUUUAUUUAAUGAAGAUCAUUCACCACAUGUAUUCGAUUGUUAUUUUUCUGUGGCUGAUAAUUGCUUAGGUGUCUCACCAAGUGAUGAAGAAUGA